AUGAUGGCUUCAUCAGUGUCGGCAACUCUCACGGACGCGCCGGCACCGGCACACGGGCCAGCCGGCGCCGACCUGCCACCUGUGAAGCUCAACAUCGUGAUCAUGAGUCUUGGUACACGAGGUGAUUUGCAGCCCAAGCUCGAGAUCGCAAAGAUUCUGGCCCACCGCCACGGCCACCGGGUUCGAUUUGCUGGCCACCGGGUGUACAAGGAGGCGGUUGAAGCGGAAGGCAUUGAGUUCUAUUCGACAGGCAGGACGGAUCCCAAGAAUAUGCAAGUCCGACGACAAUUGCCUCGCAAAGAGAUGGAGAAGGAGUUGCCCACUAUCAAAGUCGAGUUCGCAGAGAUGGGCGAGAGCUGGUGGGGUGCUUGUAUUGGUGACCCAGCUGGAUUGAGCGAUGAUGGAGAGUCCAACCCAUUCGUAGCCGACGCUGUCAUCUCCAUCUUCCAGGCGUUCGACCAGACAUCAAUUGUAGCGCGAAUGGGCAUACCGCUUCACAUGAUUGGUACCAACGCAAGAAAUCCUAGCAAAUAUGUACCACACUCGCAAGCAGAAGGCUUUGCAAAGGGCGGCGGAGCCUUCAAGAACAAGUUUUCAUAUUGGUUCCAGGAUUUACUCUUCUUUCAGGCUAUCAAACCUCUCUUCAAUGACAUCCGUGUCAUGACGAUGGGCCUCGAGCCUUUUUCGCCGAUCUGGCAGAUGACGCAGUUCAAUCGUGUGCGAGCGCCAAUGACUUACAUCUGGUCACCGUCUCUUUUGCCCAAAGCGAAGGACUGGGGUAGCCAUAUUGAUAUUGCAGGCUUCGUCUUUCGCGAGGCGCCAGAAUAUGAGCCACCGGCGGAGCUUGCAGGAUUUCUUGCCGCUUCGGAGGAGAAACCCAUAUACAUUGGAUUUGGCAGUAGUAAGUAA